UUUUCCCUCUCUCUCUUUUAUUCCUCACUCGCUCUUUUGAAUUGGCAUUUGGCAUUUGGCAUUUUACAUUGCAUCCAACCUCCAAAAAAAUCAUAAUAAAUAAAACAAAGGGAUAACAACAGACAUGAAUACUGGCUGGGCACGCAGACUACAGAGGCUCGAUGCCUUCCGAAAAAUGGACAGCUCCUACCAGGCCCGCAGCUCCUCUGGGGCCUCCUCAGCGUCGUAGUCAUUCUCACCAUGCUCCUCAUGCUCCUCGGUGAGCUGCACAACUACUUAAAGUACGAGCAAGUGCAGACAUUUUCAAUCGACACAAACAUGAGCCACCCUCUGCAAAUUAACUUGGGCGUAUUCGUGGCCAUGCCCUGUGCGCUGAUCCGCGUAGAUGUUCUGGACGUCAGCGGUACGCAGAGAAACGUGCAUUCGAGUAUUGCGCUCAGGACUGUGCAUCGGGAAGAAGCAUUUGGCCCAAAACAGCAGCAGCAGCAGCAGCGGAGGGUAAAUACCAUUAGAGAUAUGCACGUGCACGACAUAAUAGCGGAGGCCGGUCAGCAGAGAAGAGGCUCUCGGGGGAGAACCCCGUUGCCAGCGAGGCCAGCACCGAUGGUGGAUCGCAUCGAGGAUGCCGCGUGCCAUAUCGAGGGCUCAAUGAUGGUUGGCAAAGUCUCUGGGCUCCUCCACAUAACGGCGCACGGCCACGGCCACGGCGGCGCAUACGUUCCGCAGCAAAUGCUUAAUUUCACCCACCACAUUGACGAGCUCUCAUUCGGCGCCCUAUACCCAAACCUGGUCAACCCAUUGGAUAACACCAGGCAUGAGGCGGCAGACCACCAUGCGGCGUUCAGCUACUUUAUCUCCGUCGUGCCAACCACAUACAUUGACCCGGGGAUGCGUGUGCUGGAGACCAACCAGUAUCAGUGAACGAGUAUUAUCGGUCGGGAAGAGCUUGAUGGCGGGCGCGGCGCGGAUGCGGAGGCGGAGGCGGACACUAAAUUGCCGGGUAUUUUUUUUGAGUACGGGAUUGAGUCUAUUUCGGUCACGGUUAGGGAGAGGAGGGAUGGAUUUGUGGGCUUUGUUGUGCGCUUGUGUGCGGCGAUCAGUGGGCUGUUUGUCACCGCCGGUGUUAUUCACCGGAUAACCGUUGGCAUGGCCCAGUCGGUCACAGGUAGCCGAGCCGCUGGUUCGGCCGUUUUGCCAUCGAAUGGGAUUCUGGCCCAGCCCGGUGCUAUUGCAAAAAGGUAGCUUUGCCAUGUUGGUUGGGUUGUAUGUAAUUUUUUAUUUUCUGUAUGGACGGUUAAAAGUAAAUAAAAAAA